AUGAGCUUGAAUGUGUAAGGUUUGAGAAAACCAAGCUAAGUGAAUAGUCCAAGUUCUAUUAAAAAGCCAAUCAUAUCCUCAUUAUUAUUUAAUUGUAAAGCUCCAAUAAAUGUUCCAAACAGUUCAUAAGUAUCACCUUAAAAUUCUGAACAAAAUCUCCUAAAACCAUUGCAUUCACAUAAAGGAUCAUAAGUGGAUGUAACUAAUUUAACAAAAUUAAUUAAACACAAUAAGUCUCCUACUAUUGAAGCAUUUGAUACAUAAAAUAACUAGAAUUCAAGCCAAUAAUAAUUAUAAGCAUUGUUUGCAAAAGCUAGAGAUAUAACUUCGAAUAAAUAAAAACCUUAAAUUGUAAAAUAAUAAGUUCAACCAAUCCAAACAUAAUCAAUUAACCAAUUGAAGGAACUAUUUGAUAAUUAUAUCUAUUGUAGAAACACAUUUUAUUUUCAUUUUGUUGUUGGAAUUGGUGGAUUUGGAAAGGUUUGGAAAGUAGAACAUAAGAAGACAGCUUAAGUAUAUGCUAUGAAAGAAAUGUCGAAGGCUCUGUAUGGUUAUUCAUCUUUAUAUAGAAUUAUAACAAAAAAAAGUGUGAAUUCAGUUAUGAAUGAAAGAGUAUUGCUGAGUUAAUUGAAGCAUCCUUUUUUAGUUAACAUGAAUUUUGCAUAUCAGGACAGAGAAACACUGUAUUUAAUUAUGGAUUAUAUGUCUGGAGGUGAUCUCAGAUAUCAUAUUGGAAGAAUGAGAAGAUUUAAUGAAGAAUAAACUAGUAAGGAAUAUUAUCUAUAUUUUUUGAGGGUUCUUUGUAGCCUGCAUAUUUUUAAGUUUAGAAUAUGUUCAUGAAUGCAACAUAAUUCACAGAGACCUUAAACCUGAAAACUUGGUUUUGGAUAGCAAAGGCUAUGUUCAUUUAACUGAUUUUGGCAUAGCAAGAGUUAUGAAAACUGAAAACUCAAGUGACACUAGUGGCACACCUGGUUACAUGGGUAUCUGAUGUUUAUAAACAUAUAGCUCCUGAAGUGAUGUGUAGACAAAAUCAUACAUAUGCUGCAGAUUAUUAUGCCUUGGGAGUGAUUGCAUAUGAAUUUAUGUUAGGCAGGGUAUUAAUAAACUCAAUUGUUAGAGACCCUAUGUAGGGAGGUCGAGGCAAGAAAUUAGAGAUUAAAUCUUGGCUAAGUAAGUUCAAAUAAAGAAAUCUGAAAUCCCUAAUAAUUGGUCUAUGGAAGGUGCCGAUUUCAUCAAUAGAGUAUUUUAAUUUCAAAUCCUAUUCAGCUUUUAUAAAGAAAGCCUUAAUAACGAUUAGGGUUUAAUGAGAGUCAAGAGAUCCGUCAGCAUCCUUGGUUUUUAAAUUUUCCAUGGCAGAAGCUUAAGAACUUCGAGCUAGUUCCACCCUUUUAACCAAAUGUAAGCAGGAAUCAUUAAAUUAGAGGACUGAAGAUAAUUUUGAUUAAAAGUAAAUCCUCAUAGAAGAUGAAGAAAAUAAUGAACUCAUUUAACAAAAUCUGUUGGUAUUAAAAGAUCCAGCCACUCAAGGUAUCAUGAUAUCAAACAUUAAGAUUUAUUUUAGGGUUAUGAAUUUAAUGCAAAUCAAAAUUAGAAUAAGAUUUCAUCUACUACUGAUUAAUCCUCAAGUUCAUCAUCUAAACAUAGUAGAAAUUUUAGUCAAAAAAUUGAAAAGUAAUAAUAUCUUGAGAGUGGAAAUAAGUGA